AAAGAAUAAAGAAAAAGAAGAAGAAGAAUGUGUUGCUUUUCUUUCUUUCUCUCUCUUUCUUUCUUGGAAAUCAGUGUGAACCACCCAUCAAAAUUUCACACACUGAAAUGCUUAUUUGAUUUCAAAACUUGAUUCUUUUCAUCGUUUCCCAAUCUGAUUUCCGCUCUGUUCCUUAAAACAUCACCAAAUUACUUUUUUUUUUAUAUUGAAAACCAAAGCCAUCGCCAUGGGAAGAGGCAGAGGAGUUGCGGCUCUGAAACCCACGGCGGCAGUUACGGCGGCGGAGGUAAAUGGAUCAGGGCCGAUGCCAGUAUUAAAGGAAGUUAGAUACCGUGGCGCGAGGAAGAGACCGUGGGGAAGAUUCGCCGCUGAAAUCAGAGACCCGUUGAAGAAAGCAAGGGUUUGGCUCGGAACCUUCGAUUCUGCCGAGGAUGCCGGACGCGCUUACGACGCCGCCGCAAGAACACUCCGGAGACCAAAAGCCAAGACCAAUUUUCCUCGCCGCUCAGGAUCCAGCCCUCGAUGUAGAACUGCAGCUUCGCCAACGCCACUUGCUGCGAUGGGAGAUUCAACCCCUCUGCUGCUGCUCCGCCGCCCUGGAUGGCAACUUCCUCCUCGGCCAGAGCCGUUUCCUCCAUAUGCAAUUUUUAUAAGUUGCUGA